AUGUUGAAUUUGUCAGGGGCGAGAUUUAAAAGUAUUGUUUAAUAAAAUUCCCCAAAAAGUUAUUAGAUAUACACCUAUUUUAUUUGAAAACGACCAAAACUAAAAACUUUUUCUCCUUUAUCUGUUUUUUAAACACACAUAACUGUUUCAGUUUGGUAGCAUUUUUUUGCGUAAAGCCUGGUUUUUAACAACGUUUGUUUAGAUUAACAAUCUUGGUACAGACCGCCACAGCACAGCAUUUUGGGGUAAAAAGCCAAAUGACCAAACCAGCCUAGGCAGGAUCAUUUCCUUUGUAUUCAGUCUAUCUGUCUGGUUCUACCGAUACAGCACCCAGGGUGUUUAUUACCCUAACAGUAGUCAAGGCAACUAUUUGACCAUGAGAGAGGCAACUGAUGAAGGUGUGGGUAAUUGCUGUGUGGGCGAGGCAUGACGAUGGGAGCUGGACGGAGUAACGACAUGACAACAGAGAUCCUGAUUCUUUGUUGUGUGAGGCUACAUAACUUGUGUUGCGUACAAUGUGUGAGCCAUGGGCCCCACCUCCUCUGUGACAUCACGGCAGGGAGAGGAGGGAUGCAUAAGUCGCUGGCCUCAGCCACCUGCAGCCACUAACAGAUCAGUCGAUAAACAGCCCUAGUACCCUGCAAAGCUUCCAGAAGAACUCUACAGAGAUGUCUCCUCACACCGCUAUUCUGCUCCUCUCCUUUUGCUCUUCUCUGCAGGACGGUCUGAGUUUCCCGUCAACAAGGCAACCCGGAGAACCAGGUGGGGAGGUGAUCUCCCACCACAGAACCAGACGCUGCUCCUGCCACAGCCGGCAGGACUCUGAGUGCCACUACUUCUGUCACCUGGACAUCAUCUGGAUCAAUACACAGAGCAAAACAACUCUUUAUGGCCUGGGAAGCAGCGUGGCCCGCCACCGGAGAGCCGCGGGUCGCUGCUUCUGUGCCAGUCCAACUGAUCGCACCUGCUCCCGCUUCUGUGUUCAAAGCUUGGCCAACUGAACUCCGGAAAGUGCCAUGAAGAGACCCCCAGCCCACCUGCUCAAUGUCCCCAGAGGUCUGGCUGAUGGAUCUCAAAAUAAAGCUGUCCAUCUAGACACGAAGAACGCCUUUCAUGCCUCUGAGACGAAUGUGGGCCAAAAUAAAUAUAGAUUUAAUAGCGAGAUAGAGACAGAGAAAUAGAAGGAGAGAGAGGAGAGAAAGAGAGGCACCUGAACAAAUGGUUCUACUUUCACACGAAGAGGUAAACAAAGGGCUGCGGAAACGCGUGUCGCACGAUAGAGGGCCGUCGCGCCUC